CUCCUGGCCUGCCUUCCUGGAGUUUUUGCGUUAGAAUCACUGUCAAUGUGCAGGUCUUUGAACGAAAUUAUACGUCCAGAUACGGAUGCGAAAAGCCCUACGAGCCCGAAACCAAAUUAAGCCGCAAGCAUGGCACCCAGCUACCUAGGUAGCUCCCAUUAAUACAGAAAUCACCACCAGUAUAUGGCCGAAACUUCCAGCAAUUCCUUGGGCCUGGAUCGGGCUUGACUAUGAUGACUUCCAGAGCGAGUGGCGGCGACGUUGGAGGAAACGAAACCAAGACCAUUGUUUCAUUCAUAGAUCACGAUGCUGCCACGGCCUACCCCGGUACGCUCGGCGGUUCCUCGACUUACAAUCCCCACACAAACCGCUACGAGCCCAAGCCUCACAUAGAUUUGCUGCGAGACCUGAGCUGGUUGAUUCCCGAUACUUUCGAGUCCCAUUCGUUCCAGCUAGAAUGGCACGAGGCAGACGCAGCCAGAUGGGAAAAGCUCGGCGAGGACAUCAUAGAGACGAGCCAGGGCUUUGAGGCAAGCAAAAAUGGCUUCUGGCACAAGAUCUGGUACGGGAUGGGCGAUGCCAAAGACGCCAUUGACCCGUGGUUUGCCCUCAUACCCAGCGAUUAUGGCCUGGCCAUCGUGAAAGCAGGCGUUGCCGUGCUUUUCAAGCUUGCAGAAAAUUCCAAGAAGCGAAAGCAGACAAUCAUCAACACCUUUACCGAGCUGCGGGAAAUCCUUAGCAAAUCCGAUCCAACCAAACAUGGUUUCAGCGACGAGCCCGAGGUCAGGAGGCAUGCCGACAACCUCUACCAAGCCGUUGUCAAUUCCAUCAGGGACAUGCUCCAGGUGAUGGCCAAAAAGAAACGGCGUACCGAAGGCAUUCAGAGGAAAAUGCAGAGUGUCUUCGGCAACGAGACAGCACCCCUACCGCCUUCUCCACCGAGCCCAGACGAAAUACUCCAGAGCGUUACGAAACGCGCCCUGGAGUUCCAGCAGGCUGUCUCGCUGGCUCGUGAUGCGGCCAUCGUCAGAAUCGGCCGCAAUGUCGGCAUUGUCGGCGUCGGUGUCGGCACGAUUGAUGCCAAGGUAGAUGCAGUCGGUGCCGGCGUCGUGUCGGCGUGCAGGGCCACCAAGGCCGUAGCGGACAACGUCAAAGUAGUGAAAGGCCACCUCAUCGAGGCCAAUGCGGAUUUGAAGCUCAUCAGACAGAGCAAUGAAGAGGCAAGGCAAGCGAGGGAAGAAGACAAGAACGCGUACGAAGCAGAACUGCGAGCGAUAAAGAGCCAGGGCCAGGAAAUCCUACUGGAGAUGAAGCUCAUGGCCAAGAGAGAGGGUCAGAGGCAAGCCAGCAUAGCCGCUCGCGAGUCGGCGAGAAUUCAGGUCGAUGGAAAGAACAGCCUCUUGGGCAUACUGGAAGACCGCGUGCGGGAGCAAGCGUGGCAGAUUCGAGAGCUGCAAGCCCAGCUCGCGAUGGGGGCGGCGGCGGCGACGGGAGCCCCGCCAGCGGCGCUCCUCGGCCCCGACCAGCUCUGGUCGAUCCUGGCGGGUCGGCGUGACCGGGCCGAGUUCUCGGCGCAGGCCAACCAGGAGCUGGCGCGCGUGCUGCUCUACCGCGGCCGCCACCGGCCGCAGGACCAGGCCCAGGCGAAUUCGGCCCUGCAACACCCAGGCUUCCGGGCCUGGCUGGCCGGGCCCGGCCCGGCCCUGUUGCUCGUCAACACCAGCCUGUCCGGCGCCGACCCCAUCUCGGCCGCGUCCGUGUUCGCCGGCACGCUCGUCACGAGCCUGGUCUCGGCGCGCCCGGACGCCGUCGUCGUGCACUUCUUCUGCGGUCUCCACACCAGCCCGACCGACCUCGAGUUUGGCCCCGGCGGGCUGCUACGGUCCGUCGUGAUGCAGCUGGUCCUGAAGCUGACGGAGCUCGACAAGCUGGACCUCGGCUUCCUCCAGACCCUUCAGGACGUGGACGAGCUGAGGUCUUCGGAGCCGCGAACGGCGUGCAACGCGCUGUGCCAAGCGCUCUGUGAUCUGCUUACCCAGUUCCCGGUCGGCACCGAGGUGUACUGCAUGCUGGAUUCCAUCUCCUUGUUCGAUAGGGAGAGGAUUCUCCCCCUUCUCGAAAUUCUCGUCGAGUGUAUCCAGGCGCUCGUUGAAGAUUGCGGGCUUGCCACUGUCUUCAAGGUCUUUCUCACCAACGGCGGGCGGGGGUCCCCGGUCAGGGGGCUUCCCGCCUUCCAGGACGCGGGGAGACAGAUAAGCCUGUCGUCGAGAAACUCGGCGCCGGUCUUUUUGUCCCCUACAGCAAUGGGAAGGCAGAUCUUACGGCCUUCAACUCCGACGCCUGAGACGGCUCCAAGGGGAAUGUCUAGGCUGGGGAGCGGUGGCGGAUACUACGAGGAUGAUUAUGACCAGGGGUUCGAAACAGAAUGAUCGACUUGGGUAGCUAGCUAGGGACCUACCUACCUAGCUACCUCGGUAGACUCUCAAUUCGUAUGUUAUCGAUGGCAGCAGGCGCUGGGCAGUCACAACCAUGAAUGAGGCACGGGUGUGAAUCUUGGGUUCGAGGGAGAGGGGCUUGGUGUCAAUCCCGUGUGCCAUGAUGUCUUCCAUCCAACCCCUUCUUCUUUUCUUAAGGAUGUGCCCUGUCCAACAAGCUACAGCAGACAGCUAUUUUAGUUUUCAUAGAGUAACUUCAUGGCUCGCCAGUCUUUUAGGCUGUGGUCGCUGUUUGUGCUCUCCCGGAA